AUGGCCAGCUUUUAUAGCGGAGCGGCACUGGAAGCACUCCGCUGGUGGGACUUCAGUUGGAAUCCAACAGCGGACAUCAAUAUGAAGACUUAUCUCAUUGUGCUUGCUGCGAUCCUAGGAGCUGCCAUCGCCGUCGACUACUGUGCACUGCCCACCUGCAUGGACAAGCACGUGGCCUGCAAUAAUAAAGGAAACUUCAGUGUUGAUUGCCCCAAGGAUGUGCGCGAAAUCAAAAUCGAACCCCAUCACAAGCUCAUCCUCACGCUCUUCAACGAACUGCGGAACAACGUGGCUGGUGGUACCAUCGAGAACCUGCCCAAGGCGGUGCGCAUGGCCAAGAUGUCCUGGUGCGAGGAACUGGCCCACCUCGCCUCGUACAACGUGAGGACCUGCGAGUCCAUAACCGACAAGUGCCGCAGCACGGAGCGCUUUGCCUAUGCCGGCCAGAACAAUGUCAUCUUCAGCUACAGCGGAGCUGAGUCCGAGUACACGGAUGCGGAGAUCUUGAAGGAGCAGAUCGAGAACUGGUUCGCCGAGCGUUCGAAUGCCACCCCCGAGAUUCUGGCCAACUUCCCCGAGGAGCUGCCCAACAAGAAUGUGGCCAAGUUCACCAUUGCCGUGGCCGAGAAGAACACCCACGUGGGAUGUGCUGCUGUGCGCUUCUCCCGCGACUUCUACAACCACUUUGUGCUCACCUGUAAUUUUGCCACAUCGAACAUCAUCGGCCAACCCGUGUACACUCCGGGAGAGAAGGCCACCACGGGAUGCAAGAACCGCUACGGUGCCGCCUUCGAUUUCCCCAAUCUGUGCUACGCCAAGGAGAUCUACGACAACGAGAAGGUGGUCGCUGGCAUCAAGGUGUUCUAGGAAUUGUCACGAACAAACCGAGUGCAAUGAUGAUCGUUGAUCAAACUCAUCUGAAUAUGUAAUCCAAUGCUUCUGCAGAUAUAAAGUGCUAACAUGUACUCAAA